CGAGGCGGCGAUAGCGGCGGCUGCGGCGGCAGUGCCAGAGGCGAAGGCGACAGCUCCAGGGGCUGGCAGCGACCCCGAGAGCAGGAUGCGAGUCGGGGUCGGGCUGACGCUGCUGCUCUGUGCGGCCCUGCUGGGUUUGGCCUCGGCGUCCUCUGAUGAAGAAGACAGCCAGGAUGAAUCCUUAGAUUCCAAGACUUCUUUGCCAUCAGAUGAGUCGGUAAAGGACCACACCACAGCAGGCAAGGUAGUUGCUGGUCAGAUAUUUCUUGAUUCGGAAGAAACAGAAUUGGAAGUCCCUAUUCAAGAAGAGGAGGACAGCCUCAAGGGUCAAGAGGGGGAAAUUGUCACAGAAGAAAUCAGCUUUCUAGAAUCUCCAGAAAGCAAGGACUAUGAAGAACCAAAGAAAGUACGGAAACCAGUUUUGACUGCCCUUGAAGGCACAGCACAUGGAGAGCCCUGCCACUUCCCCUUUCUCUUUCUGGAUAAGGAAUAUGAUGAAUGUACAUCAGAUGGAAGGGAAGAUGGCAGACUAUGGUGUGCUACAACCUAUGAUUACAAGACAGAUGAAAAGUGGGGCUUUUGUGAAACUGAAGAAGAGGCUGCUAAACGCCGGCAAAUGCAGGAAGCAGAAAUGAUGUACCAGACUGGGAUGAAAAUCCUGAAUGGAAGCAAUAAGAAGAGCCAGAAAAGAGAAGCGUAUCGGUAUCUUCAAAAAGCAGCAAGCAUGAACCAUACCAAGGCCCUGGAGAGAGUGUCAUAUGCUCUUUUGUUUGGUGACUUCCUGACACAGAAUAUCCAGGCAGCUAAGGCGAUGUUUGAGAAACUGACCGAGGAAGGCUCUCCCAAGGGACAGACUGCUCUCGGCUUUCUCUAUGCCUCUGGGCUUGGUGUUAAUUCAAGUCAGGCAAAGGCCCUUGUAUAUUAUACUUUUGGAGCUCUUGGUGGCAACCUAAUAGCCCACAUGGUUUUGGGUUACCGAUACUGGGCUGGGAUCGGAGUCCUCCAGAGUUGUGAAUCUGCAUUGACUCACUAUCGUCUUGUUGCCAACCAUGUUGCUAGUGAUAUCUCACUGACAGGAGGCUCGGUAGUACAGAGAAUACGGCUGCCUGAUGAGGUGGAAAAUCCAGGAAUGAACAGUGGAAUGCUUGAAGAAGAUUUGAUUCAAUAUUACCAGUUCCUAGCUGAAAAAGGUGAUGUGCAAGCACAGGUCGGUCUGGGACAACUGCAUCUGCACGGAGGACGUGGAGUAGAACAAAACCAUCAGAGAGCAUUUGACUACUUCAAUUUAGCAGCGAAUGCCGGCAAUUCACAUGCUAUGGCCUUCUUGGGAAAGAUGUAUUCAGAGGGAAGUGAUAUUGUACCUCAGAGUAAUGAGACAGCGCUUCACUACUUUAAAAAAGCUGCUGACAUGGGCAACCCAGUUGGACAGAGUGGGCUUGGAAUGGCUUACCUCUAUGGAAGAGGAGUUCAAGUUAAUUAUGAUCUGGCGCUCAAGUAUUUCCAGAAAGCUGCUGAACAAGGCUGGGUGGAUGGGCAGCUACAGCUUGGCUCUAUGUACUACAAUGGCAUUGGAGUCAAGAGAGAUUAUAAACAGGCCUUGAAAUAUUUUAAUUUAGCUUCUCAGGGAGGCCAUAUCUUGGCUUUCUAUAACCUAGCCCAGAUGCAUGCUAGUGGCACAGGUGUGAUGCGAUCAUGUCACACUGCAGUGGAGCUGUUUAAGAACGUGUGUGAACGAGGUCGUUGGUCUGAGAGGCUGAUGGCUGCCUAUAACAGCUACAAAGAUGGCGACUACAAUGCCGCAGUGAUCCAGUACCUCCUGCUGGCCGAGCAGGGCUACGAGGUGGCACAAAGCAAUGCGGCCUUCAUUCUCGAUCAGAGAGAAGCAACCAUUGUAGGUGAGAAUGAAACUUACCCCAGAGCUUUGCUACAUUGGAACAGGGCUGCCUCUCAGGGCUAUACUGUGGCUAGAAUUAAGCUCGGAGACUACCAUUUCUAUGGAUUUGGCACUGAUGUCGAUUACGAGACUGCAUUUAUUCAUUAUCGUCUCGCAUCUGAGCAGCAGCACAGUGCCCAAGCUAUGUUUAAUCUGGGAUAUAUGCAUGAGAAAGGACUGGGCAUUAAACAGGAUAUUCACCUUGCAAAACGUUUUUAUGACAUGGCAGCAGAAGCCAGCCCAGAUGCCCAAGUACCAGUGUUCCUAGCACUCUGCAAGUUGGGCAUUGUCUAUUUCUUGCAGUACAUAAGGGAAACAAACAUCCGAGAUAUGUUCACCCAACUUGAUAUGGACCAGCUCUUAGGACCUGAGUGGGACCUUUACCUCAUGACCAUCAUCGCAUUGCUGUUGGGAACAGUUAUAGCUUACAGGCAGAGGCAGCAUCAAGACAUGCCUGUGCCUAGGCCUCCAGGGCCACGGCCAGCUCCACCUCAGCAGGAGGGGCCGCCAGAGCAGCAGCCACCACAAUAACAGCCACCACGUCUGGGCUUGAACAGUGACAACUGAGGACAUCGUUUGCUGAUGAACACUUGCAUCUGAUUUAGGACUUUGGAUCAGUGUCCACCUCCUGGAAGAGGCACAAGGAAGCAUUUAAUUCUUAAAAGCUGCUUAGAAUCUGCUGCCUUUAUUUUCAGGGAUAAGUAACUCUUACCUAAACUGAGUUGAAUGUUUGUUUCAGUGCCAUGUGGAAUAACAACUUUCAGUGGCUUCCCUUUUUUUUUUUCUUUUUUUCUGGAAACAUACGUGAGACACUCAAAGUAAUAUGUGCUGAAUCCAGCUGUCUUUCUUGGGUCCUUUUGUUCCUUCUCUCAAUGUGCAUAAGUUCUUAUAUCAGCCAUCUUUAAGGUCUUAUGGAUCAGUACUAAAAACUGAAUCAGUAUAAAGAAGAAACCCCAGUUAGUUGCAAAUUUAACCUUAACAUGUUUGAAAGUCUGAAAAUAGAACUUGCCUUUUAAGUUAAAAAAAGAAAGAAAAGAGAUGUCUUCAGUGUUUUGAAACUGCAGUAACUGAGAAACUAUUUUACCAGUCCACAUGCAAGUAUACAUUUUCAGCAUAUUUGUUAUUUUUAAAAGGGGAUGGUUGGGAGGUUUCUUAUUGGUGAUUGUCACGCUUGAUACCAUACUUCUCUCCUUCAGAGCCUGAAAGGCAUCCUUAGAGAGUCCUGCGAGGAUUUCCCUCUUUGGAAUGGAAUAUAUCAUAUGAGCUGAAUCCUUGAACUAACAUGAAUUUGCCCCACCAAAUGGCAUUUGCUUGAUUGGUCUGAGUAUACAGAGACUUGAUCUGGAAGCCAGAGGAUGAACUAAAUAGGAGAAAUUAGAAAAAAUAGUCUAAUUUUGUACUCUGAAUAGGGUACCAAGGUCAUAGACACACUUUCCCAAAAGUUGAAGCAUUUGUUCCCAGGAUUUAUUUUACUUUGCAUUUCUUAUUGCACAAAGAACAGACCAUCCUCCUGAAAUCUUUAAAUGUGAAAUAUAUGACAGACAUGACUACCAUUAUAAUACUAAAACUCAAAGAAGGAAAGAUUGAUGAAACCCAGUAGUUGAGGAAAGCCAAAGCCAGUUUGUACUGUAUUAUACUGCUUGGGUAGAUUUUUAUUUCUGCCAGUUUCAUGUUACAGUAGAAAGUGAACUGCUUGCUUAGUAGCUAUCAUACUCAUCUCCUCCCACUGUUAAUGUUAGGAAAAUCAAAGCUACCGCACUUCAGAUUUGUCUGGUUAAAUAGCACAGAUAAAACCGACAACAACAAAACUGGGAACUUCACGUAUCACACAAAAGAGAAUUAAAACUUCAACCGAAUUUGUAUUUCUUUUUAUUAGCAGAUGGUGAUGUUCACCAGCCUAUUCUAGUCUGAGGCUACAUUAGUAACUGGGCAGGCUUUCUGUGCCUACUAACCUCAGUCUGUUUAUAUGCACAUUUAUACUCUUGUUCUCAUGAUCCAUCAUCUGCCAGAAAACUUGAAGAAUUUAUUAUCCUAUAGAGUGAUAAGGCUUUGGUUUUCAAAGUUGGGAUUGUAUUCAGAACUAGAUUUAAUUAGUAGUCUGUAAUGAACAUGAAGGAUUUAGAUGUGAAAUUGUACACACUUUGUGUAUGUAUGUGUGUGUAGAGUAUUAUGAGAAACCUGGUAAGCAAACUUUCCUUACAGAUAAAUUGCUUCCAGAUUUGAAGGGGUGGCCAUAGAGAGAACUUCAUGAAUAAAAGCAUGUCUGUGAAAGGUAGGAAAUUGUACCCACAGAUGUGUGUUGGCGCCUUGGGCAGCUCUUGUUGUAAAUAUUGACAUUAGCUUGAUCUCUUAGACUUGAGUGCAGUUGGUACCUUAUGCUGGUAUCUUCACCACUGCCCCUCCUCCCCACCCUUCAAAAUAAGUCUAAUCCACAAUUCAUCUAGAAGGAACUGUUUUUAUUUAUUUAAAAGUUAAGAAACCCUCCAAGGUGACUGUCAAUGUCCAUUUUUUUCUUUAGCCAUCACCCAAUUUCUCCUCAGGAGCAUUUUUAUCUGUAUCUUUACUUCCUUUUGUUAGCACUUUGAAAAAAUAUUUCUUAAGGUAGUGUGCACUACCUAAGGAUGGAUGGGAAAGUGUACCAUAGUCUUGUUCUCCAUGCAGUAACAAGCUUCCUAUUCGUUUUCCACUUAUCAUAGCCUUACUGUUAUCAAAAUAUCCCUUUCUUGGUUUGUUUUCACCUCCUGUUUUACCCUGGGGUCAUUUGUUACCAGAAAUUUGAAUGGUAUACUUAAAAUAACUUAGUUCCUGUGGAUUCCUUUAAAGAAUGUCUCAAAGUACUUUGCUCCCUUUUUUCUUUUUUGUUCAUGGGACACGAUACCUACGCAAAAAGGAACUGGGUUUGGUUUUUCUCCUAAAAUUAUGGUCAAUUUUUACCUAAUCAAAUGGCAUCCAUUUGAAUAAAAUGACAGUAACAAAAGCUAGUUAAUGUCAGUGACAUUAAACUAACUCAGGGAUUCAGGAGUUUUAAUGUUAGAAUUUAUAGUUAACAGACAGAGUGCGGCCUCAUUUCUCCUUGGUAGCCCAUGCUCUCCUGAUCCCUUUUAUAGUCCGUCUUCCUGCCCUAGAAGGUGGUGAGAGUAGUACUCUAGUUCGCUUCUGUACUCCUUGUGCAUUUGGUUUGUUGGUUAGCUGACUGUUUCACUACUUAGAUAGACUUGAGACUGUCCAUUUCACUUCUAUUUGACAUUACAAAGGUAGUAAGUUGUUUUUGUGUGUGUGUUUGAAGACUUUGUUCAUGUUUUCUGGGUGGGGCUUAUCUUAAUUUUGGUUAAUACUCAAUGGCACAGAGAAGGUAAAUUAAAGGCUUUUUUUUUUUUUUCAAAAUUCACUAUUGAGUACUUAAAUCAGAUUAACUUGUAAAUCAUUAAACUUGAUAGACUCUUGAGAUUUGUUACCCUUCUGCAGAUAAAGUUAAUUUGUGAAAGUUUCACCAUUAAGCUGUUUUAUCUCUGUACCAUUGGGAAGUUUUAGAAACAUCCACCAGUGACCUGGUGAAGAUCUGAUACUCCGUUUAAUUAAGGAACUGCUGUGGCCUCCAGGAAACUUGUGUUUUAUAUAGGAGCUUUUUGUUUUUCCCUCCCUCCCUUGCUCCUCGUGUUUGUUCUUCAGUGUUUUGGAAGUAUGCAUGCAGGCCUGUAAACGAAGACCACAACUCUUCAUGCGUGUAGCGUGUAUAUUAACAUCUAACUGCAUCUGCAGAAAACUUCCUUUAUGAAUGUUUGCACUAACAUUUCACAUGCACAUUUCAAAACAAGAUGCUUCAGGUAAACAGCCCCUUUACCUGCCAAGAGGAGCACUGUGGGCUAUAUUUGCCCCCGUGACAACUGGUAUUGUUUUGGAAGUGGGUUUAAUAUAUGUUACACGAUAUUAUGCCUAAAAGAAUGCAGGAAAUAAUCAGAGCAAAGGAAAUGUCUGUUUUCACGCAAAUAUUUUUCAUCAGUCAUUGCUGUCAAGUGGAAACACAAAAUUUCUGAUGCCGUAUUGUCUGAGACACUAGCUGCUUUUUAAAUGUGUAGUAUUCAUUGAAAAGAAGGUAAAUUUCUCCUUCCAUUUGGUAUGUCCAGAAAAUUUAAAACGAUCCCAAUUAAAAAUUAUUGCAUUUUAGCGUGACUGUUUGCACAACGUAAAAUCCAAUGUUGUGUGCACGAGACGGAUCUUUUAGGUGUGUGCAGCGAGUCAUCUCACAUGCACUGUUUCUCCCCUUUGGAUUGACAGACAGGCUGACACUAUCUUCUUUGAUUUAAAGAAAAAAAAUCAUAAUGUUAAUAUGAUCAAAGUGUAACCACUAUGAAUACACAGGAGAGGAAGUUUUAAAAGACCAUAUGCUGGCAUUGUGAAGGAACACCAUGGUAGACUUCUUUGUAAAUUUAUUUUGUAUUUAAUGAAAUGCAGUAUAAAGGCUGGUGAAGUGUAAUAUAAUUGUGUAAACAAACAAAUCCUGUUAAUAGAGAGAUGUACAGAUUCGUUUUGUACUGUAUCUUGAAACUUGUGAAAUAAAGAUUCCACCUCUGGUUUUCCUGUA